AUGCCGUUGCCCGCCGGCUUGGAGGGUUUCCCCUUCACCACGUUCCAGGCGGAGCUAGAGGCCUUCACCGUCAAGUUGAGGGCGGAGCAGGAGGCGCCCGUCCCCAAGGCCAAGGUGAAGGAGGUCAAGGCCAAGGUCAAGAAGGCCAAGGCGAAGGAGGCCAAGCCGGAGGUCGAGGCCAAGUCAAAGGAGGUCAAGGCCAAGGUGGAGUUGAGGACCCUCACCAAGGAGGAGGAGGAGGCGCUCAUCAAGUUCGUGGCGCUGCUGGAGAAGGAGGAGGACUUCCUCGACGCCAAGGCGGAGGCGGAGAAGGAGGCGGAGAAGUGUGGCUCCAAGAGGAAGGUGGAGUUGGAGCGGGAUGAGGAGGGGGCAGCGUUCCUGGCGUGGAUCGAGUCCACCAAGCCACCGACGGACCAAGUGGAUUACUCGGAUGGGGAUGUGUCGGACGGCUACCACUCGCAGGACGACGCCAUCGGCAGCGACGGCAGGGUCAUGUCGCGGUAUGAGCGCCGCGUUCAGGCCAACAACGCUCGCUGGCCUUUCUUGGUGGGGGCCUAAUCCCAUCCAUGACGGUGCUCUUGCUCUUGUGGUCUGAGAAGCUGACGAGGAGCUUCGCCA